CAUGACGCAGCCUAUUAUGCAACGGCUUGCAGACUGGUAUCGCGCUGCUUAUGAGAGGUUGGUGGUGGAGGAGAAGAAGAUUGAUGGGGUGGUGGGUGAGAAUGAGACGGUGGAUGAGGAGGUUGAGGUUGAGGUUGAGGUUGAGGUUGAGGGGGAGGGUUGGGGCGAGGAAGGUGUUGGCGUUUUAUCGGCAGCUACUUUGAUAACAACCUCGUUGCUGAGAGUUGUUGUUGAAAGGUAACAGGAAACAGGUGUUGUUUUUG